AGACAGUUGAAGAAUGAAGAAAUUAUAUGGCCGAAGGAUUAUUGUAGUGCGAAAAUAAUAAAAAGUGUUAAUUUCUUAUAAACUGUAUUUAAUGGUGUUUGUGUUAAACAUUAUUUAGUGUUUUGUCGAUGAUAAGCUGAAUCGUUUAUUUUUGCAGCCAUUAUGGCAUAUUCCUGUCCUCGAGACCUCGAUGGCUUUGCUCCACACCUCAGCAAGCCUGACACCAGGUUUCGACAGCAGCUCGGACAAGAUUUGCUCACGUUCCUGGCUGAGCCAGCCAACACGAUAGCAUGCCAAGAUAUAGGUCAGUUCAUUGAUGGUUUAGUUCCAUGGACACACAGUAGCAAUUUUAAGGUAUCUAGUUUAGGAAUCGAGAUCCUCACUUUCCUGGCGGACAGACUCGGUCACGACUUCAGGCCGUACCUGCAGACGGUACUGCCGGCGAUCCUCGACCGUUUGGGCGACGCCAAAGACUCGGUGAGGGAGAAAUCUCAGCUGUUCAUACUGAAAUUGCUGGAGAGGAACGUGCUCAGUCCCCAGACCCUGUUCGAGAAACUGUCGUCGGGGUUCACGCACAAAAACGCCCGCAUUAGGGAGGAGGUGUUGAGAUGUUUGGUGAACACGCUCAAUGAACACGGGGCUCAUUCGUUGACCUUAAGCAAAUUCAUACCUGAUAUAGUUAAUCUACUCAGCGACCCUACCUCUUCCGUACGGGACACCGCGUUCAGCACGCUGGUGGACUUGUACAAACACGUAGGCGAGAAGUUGCGAGUCGAUUUGCAGAAGAGGAACCUGGUGCCGCAAGCGAAAUGGCCGGCGCUGGCAGCCAGGUUCGAGGAGGUGAAGAACAAUGAGGAGUUGUUGCCUACGGCGACGAAAAAUAUCGAAUUAAAUUUUGACGAAGUGGACAGGAUGGCUAAAGCACCCUUAUCUGUAAAGAAGUCUGCCUACACGUUAAGUGCGAGCAAACCAAAAUCCGGUCUUGCCACUCCAAAUGCCGUUUUGAGCAGAGUCGGAUCACUCAGAAAACUUACCUUACCAUCAGCAUCUGGCGCAGUGGACGAAGAAUUAUUCCUUAGGUCUUUCGAAGAUGUUCCGAAUGUACAAAUAUUCUCUCCAAGGGACGUCACAGAUCAGUUUAAGAAUAUUCAGGACACGAUCUCGGAUACGAACAAGGAUUGGAACAAAAGAGUCGAGGCAUUAAAGAAAAUCAGAUCUGUAGUCAUCGCCGGUGCCACUCAAUCCGAAGAUUUUUACGUUUGUCUGAAAAACCUAGACAUAUCGCUGCAAGGUUCCUUGAAAGAUCUCCGAUCGCAAGUGGUGAGAGAGGCUUGCAUCACCAUCGCCUAUCUGUCGCAAACUAUAGGCAACAAGUUUGAGAAGAUGGCCGAAAUGCUGUUGCAGCAUUUGAUCAAUCUCAUACAGAAUUCCGCAAAGAUUAUGUCGACAUCUGGCGAGGUAACCGUCAGGUUUAUAAUCAAAUACAUCCACUAUUUCCGACUGAUACCGAUCAUUACCAGUAACGCGACCACGUCAAAGAGCAAAGAGAUUCGAAGGGCGUGUUGCGAGUUUGUGGAAAUAAUGCUCUCCCAUUGGCCGACGCAUCCCCUGGAAAGACACGUGGCGCUGUUGCAAGAAUGCGUCAAAAAGGGAAUCGCGGACGCCGAUCCCGAGGCGAGAGUUUCGUCUAGAAAGGCAUUUCGAGGAUUUAGAGAUCAUUUUCCCGACCAAGCGGAGGCUCUUUUGCAAUCGCUCGAACCCAGCUACCGCAGAGCGUUGCAAGGAGAUGGGAUGUCGGCCAGUUCGUCCAACAAUAAUCUCAAUAGUUGUUUUAAGACUCCUAGGCAGUACGGAAAAACUGCACCUCAAAGCGCGUCAGAUAGUGCGAACAAGAAGGGAUUCCGGAGCAAUUCGGCCAUCGACCUGCAGGCAGCACAAAGGGCUAAGGCGAGGGCACAGUAUUCGGCUAUGGCGAGGAACAAAAUUCAUUCGGGCACCGCAAGCCUUCAGGGGGAGGUUCAUUCAGCAAGACCUAAAAGGUCACCUGAAGUCAUCGCCACUGCAUCUCCAGAAAGGGUCAGCAGGACGAGAAGUCGCAGUUCACAGUCUCAACCCACGAGUAGAUCGGGAUCGCCUAGUUCGCGUCUGGCCUAUCUCUACAACAGAUCAACGGAACACGAUUCUCCAAGACCAAGAAAAUUAUCCUCGGGUAUACCCAGGUCUACUCAAGGUUCAAGAGACACUUCCAGAGAAACCAGUCCCAGUAGAGGAACCGGGCUUUCCAGGUUUAGAAGAGGAACGGAUAGGCCGCCUCUUAGUCCGGCAUCCAGACCUGUACUGGCCCAGAAAAUUUUGCAACAGAGCAGGGAAGCCGAAACUGCUUUGGCAGACGCAUUUAACGAUUCAGGCGAAACUCUCUAUAGAAGUCCAAGGAAAAGCAUGAGAUCACUGGAUAAUCAUUCUGAUGAAUCAGAAACCUCAAGUGUCUGCUCAGAGAGGUCAUAUGAUUCGUUUAAGAGACCCUCAGACUCGUACUCUUGGAGCGGGUCUCAGCAGAGGUUGGCUAGCAGGGAUCUGUGGGAACCCUGCAGAGACAUUAACGAAAUCAUAGCCUUGUGCGCGAGCACGAACUGGCAAGAGCGCAGAGACGGCCUCCUAUCCCUCCAGUAUUACCUCAGCCAAGAAAUAAAGCUCACCUCCGGCGAACUGAAACACCUCACCGAGAUCUUCACGAAAAUGUUCAUGGACUCGCACACGAAAGGCUGGGGCGUCUUCCUGGACACCCUCCACGAGGUCAUCAAGCUCCACAAAGAAGACCUCGACUACUGGGUCUACGUCCUUCUUCAGCGAGUGUUUCUAAAAAUCGGCGGCGAAACGCUUAACUCUAUCCAGAGCAAACUGAUAUACACUCUCGACCUGGUGCGGCACAGUUUCCCGGUCCAUUUGCUCAUCGCCAACGUGUACCGGUUCCUGUUGGACGCCACGCAAACGCCCAACACGAAGUCGAAGACUGUGGUGUUGAACUUUCUGAGCACGUUGUGCGCGCAGCAGGACGCGGACAAGGCGAUAUCGACGGCGCCGAACGCGCUGCAGGCCUUGCAGAAGCUGAUCGCGUUCUCGCAGGACGCCAAGUCGAUGGAGAUUAGGCAGGUGGCGCGGGCGUGUAUCGUCGCAUUGUGGAACUGUAACACGUCGGCGGUUACGCUCAUGCUCACUGAACUUCCUAAGGAACAACAAGAUAUCGCUUCCAACAUUGUACAUAACCACAUGAGGAAAACGUCGACCAGCAGCGAGCCUAGCAGCCCCAUGAUCUCCGGCAGUCCGAAACCUCUAUCGCCCGGAACGCCGCCUUUCGGCGACCAAGAGGAGGUGUACAAAAGUUUGAGGAGGACCACGGCCGAAAUUCAAAACUACAGUUUUGAAACUCUAGGUAGGUCAAGGCCUAAAUUAGAUAGGGAUAGGGACACGACAUCUCAGGAUUCGGGAAUAUCCCAAAUGUCUGUAGGGAACGAUAUUAAAAAUGAUAUAUGUAUUAUAGAAGAAAAGAUGGAAGAGUUAAGGCCGUUUAACGUUAGAUCGGGACCCAGAUCUCUACCUUACACCAGCGUCAAUGGCAUUACGGAGACCGAUUCUAAUGGAUGCAGGAGCUUAGGGGAUAUAAAAGACUCGGAUGCGGUAAUAAAAGAAGUGAUAGAGAGAUGCUGUAUAGACCACAUCACACCCAUAGCGGAAAAAAGAAGACUGUUAAAUCAAGUUUUGGAUCUUAUUAGGCAAGGCCACGUUCAAAGUGUGUUAGUUAAUUUUAAAAAAUUAUUAAGAAUAUUUAUCGACCACCUGGAAAGCAAAGAUCCCCAGAACCAAGUGAUCGUCUUAAAAAUUUUAGCAGCCAUUUUCCAGAACUCUACCAUGAAAGACACGUGGCAGAACUUCGUCGAACUUAUCACGUUAAAAGUACUGAAGGCUCACAGUAGCGAAAGGCGUGAGGUGGUGAAAGAGGCAGAAACUACUGCAGCAGCGAUGGCCGUUUGUCCUUUUGAUACCGUGGUCUACACUUUGGCACCCCUGAUUCGAACUAGUCCGUAUCCCGAAGAUUUGGGCGCCAUUAAAAUGCUGACGAAGUUGAUCGAAGCCAAUCCGCAACAGAUUACCGACGACCACUUACUGCAAGUGAUGCCUGGUAUUCUUAAGGGAACGGAUCACAAUGAGAGCCCGGUAAGGAAAAGCUCGAUCUUUUGUAUGGUAGCUUUGUACAAAGCUGUAGGAGAGGAACGGUUCGCGAUAUACAUCAACCUGCUUACAGGAAGCAAAGUGAAACUAUUAAGGUUGUACAUUAGUCGAUCGGAACAAAACAAUUCCAUGCCUACCAGUCCGAAGAAUUCGAGCACCUCAACGCCGAAAACCUAGAUCGCACCUUUCCGCAACUCAUAUCAAUUAAAUUCUUCGAUUUUUUUGUUUAUAUACCGACGAAGCAGUUUUUAUUUCUUUGCGAAAAGAAAUAUUCAGGUUUGUUUUUAUUUAUACACAAAAAUGUGAAGCUUUAUAUUAGAAUGUGAAGGAGAAGGUCUGAGAAGACAUUUACUUGACCAUUUACUUACUAAUUAUGUGAUUUACUAUAUUUUUCAUCAUGUUUACUUUUUGUUAAGUCGUACUAUUAUUAACUAUUUAAUAAGGAAACUAAUUUGUGGCUGUUUUUCGCUAUACAGGAUUAUUCACCGAAUAUUGUAGCUAAACGAUUAGAUUUUUACAAAUUGUAAGUUUUGGGUUCGUUGAAGGUCUAUUAGAGCUACAAUUUAAAAAUAU